AUGAAACGAUGUCAACUGGAUCCGGUAUUUGUUUUUUCGGCAGAUUGUGAGUUCAGGGGUCAACAGUUUAUCUUUCGUGUGGAGAAAGCUCGACGAAAAAUCUCAAGCACGAGCUUACUGGCCAAACUAAAAGCCACUAUGCAUCUUUUUCAACUAGAUCUGGUUUUGGAAGAAGACGCUUUUGUCGAUUUGUUGAAUUUAGAACACUAUGUGCACUUACGCUCUCCGUUUUGCCGCAAACGAAGUUGUGCUGCAUUGGCUGCUGCUUUAAACUGUCCUUUACUCAGCGAGUCGGUGGAAUAUCUCGUACUCUGUGCUUCCGCUCCAUCCAGGCAGUUUAAUGGCUUCAAUUUUAUUCCUCUCAGCUACGCUAACUUUGAAACAGAAGAACGAAUGAGACAUCGGUGUUCGGCUACUCGGUCUUCUAAAAAUCCACCAUGUUCGGAUGCAACGACUGACCAAUGUCUCUUCCUCCACGCGCAUCGAUUUGCUCCGGAACGUACCAGUAUCGGUCAGGUGCACGAGUUUUAUCGUCCUCUCCUUUUUCUCUUACUCGGAUCCGACUCUAUUCCUCGAAUCACCCUCCCAUCACAGGUGUACCAAAUCAUGAAUACUACCUCAGGUGACUAUAAAACUCGACGCUGGUUUACAAUAUGCAAUUGGUUGGCGAAAUAUACGUCAAAUGUUUCGAUGGAACCGAUCAAUCGAAUCAUAAACACAUACAAUCAAGACUUGAGACUUACAGUUCAGUCAAAGUUGUCCGACUCUGUACAGACUUACAUUCCUAGCCCGUCUGUAGCUUCCCGAUUGGUCUCACUCCUUAGUAACACGACUAUAUCAGAAACAUGGCGUUCACGGAUCUCAGAAUUCUUAAAGAAGGAUAUACCUAUUCGUCCUAAUCCAUCACAGGGUCGGGGACCUGUUUUGUAUCAACUUCUACGGGGUUCGGAUUUUGGUACGGAGCUGGAUUUUACAUCCGAUUGGUCUUCGGAUUUGACUCAAGCUUUCACUCAGUCGGCCUUAUUAGCAAAGUGCAUCACUCCUGUAUACGUUUCACCGGACAUUUUGUUGCCGUCGUAUAUAGGGCUUCCAGAAGACGACCGUAGUGUGUAUGAAGCCUCCUUACCGCUCCGUUUAAUACAUUAUCGCAUACUUUUGGGAUUAAAACACAAGUUACCAGAUCCAGAUAAAUCUUUAGAUCCACACAUAUGUGUGAACGAAAUCCUCAGUGUCAGUCCAAACCUUCUUAGUCGUUCAGUACAGGUGACUCCGCUUUAUGUAUGUUCUCGAAGUGUCCAAAUAGAUAUCUUCUUGCAUCAAUUUUUAGGCUUAAAACUUCCGCAAGAUGUAAAUCGCUAUAGCCCUUUGGCUAAUUUAGCAAUUGCACUGGCCAUUUGGCAUUGUCAUUCGGAACCCGAAUCGUCCUUUUCCCUGACUUUAGUCGAAUCUCCAAUAGCUUUGGCGAUACUCGUCUGUGCUGUAGCUACCUGGUUUAAUUAUCAAUGCACCGAUUUGGAUGAAAGCGUUCUCGUUCAAUGCUAUCAAGCAGUUGGUGACACGGCUGAGAAUCAAGCAACCACAAGCGCAGGAAUGGCAGUAUUACCAACAGAUAUCCCCCCUGCGUAUCGUCUUGAAUUCGUACACGCCUACAAUUCCAUACAAUUGGUUUAUGCCUCAUUCCGGUCUCUACUCACACUUCUUACCAAGUUGGUUUCUGUCCAGAACACAUCCACUCUUCCAAGUUUUACCCAAACAUGGAUUAUAUUCCCGUCUGGUCGUCUAGUCCAUUGGAUUGCCUCUUGUUUGGACAACGUAGAUCGAUCGGCCAGACGUUAUCAGGCCAUGCGGUUCUGGAUGCCUCGUCUGCUCUAUCGUUCAAAAAAUAUUUCUGCUUCAAUCUCAGCGCAGAUGCUAUGUUCUAUGUCCCAAGAAUUCACAAAACUAUUGGAUCUAGCUUGUUCCGUUUUACUGGAUCCAGUUCUGAACUCGAGCGUGCAAUUUACCCUACGGUCCAUACCGCCAAUGGACUACAGUAAUCUAUUCACCCCGGGGACAAAUGAUCCGCCUGUGAUACGUCCAGUCGAUUCUUUAGAAAAACCGGAACAGCCCAAACGGUUUGAUAAGCAGCAACGCAAGGAAAUUUCACAAUCCUUGAAUUCUAUUCCCAGUGCUGCCACCAAGAGCGUGUUGUUUAACUCUAAAUCGAAUUCAUUUAACAAAGCCAAACAAGGCAAACCGUUGAAAGGUGCCGUUGGGUUCAAACGAUCCACUGGAUAUGCGGCCCGGCUGCAGGAGCGGUUAUUGAACUGUGAGAAGGAAAACAAGAUGGAAUAUAUGUGA